CCGAGCGACUCAAGGAGAAGUAUGGGUUCGAGGUCAACCCAGUUAACGCAACUGUUGAGGGCAGUCUAUAAGCAGCAUGAAGCGCGGGCGAACGGGGGCUAAAGCGAUUGUACAUAACUCUUCUGGGCGGGGAAGAGCUGCUACACUAGAGAAUUGGAGUUUUUGUUUGUUUCCAUGUGAGGCUCUUGAACUUGUGCCAACUCGAGCUUGGACAGAACGCAUUGGCUUGCGAACAGUACCUCUAGGCUUGUUCUCAUCAACAACCAUUUCACAAUUGGUCAGAAGGAUCUUUUUAUUGCUUGUACCCGGGCAGCUAUGCAAUAGUUUACCACCAAUGGUCAGAUGGUAUUUCGGUCAAUCUCACUCGACCACUGAAGAGUUUCAUUAUUCGUCAGUAAUUUUAGUUCAAUACCCGAGCAUACAAGAAUUUCACUAUUCAUCAGGUAUGUGUCUACCCGCAGCAUCCUCUCCUUGCUCCCUACCAACACCCCAUUCAAUGAUGAAAAAUCACGAGGCUGUUCAUGAUUUCAGUGAUUAAAAAAACUCACCUAUCUACAUCCUGAAGAAUAUUCCCGCAUACUUCUUGCUUGCUCUCACAUCGUUGGUUGCAUCAUCGCUAACUUAUUUAGAUAAAACUAGAAAUCACUGGAACUUGUAAGAAGAAAAAAAUAUAUACAAUUACUAAACACUCGCCUACUUGAUCUCGGUUGAACAUGAUGUAUCUGCGUGCUUGUGUACCUAACAUUUGGGACCUGGGCUAGAUUUUUAGUGUGUAGCAGUUCGGAACCCCGGCUUCCGGAUGCCGGCUGAGAUUGAGGGGUGUUUCUUGGUUCGACCACAAAUAAGUAACCUUCGCCCACCGUGUCC